CGAGCGCCGAGACGACACGCGGUCGGCGGUCGGCUGGCCCUCGCAUCACACGCACAGCCUGCCAGCACGUGGCCGACUGGCGCGCGGCGGCGCUCUCUGGACGCCCAUGCGCAGGCUCUGUCUGGACCAUCGGGCACGCGGGAGGCGAGAGGCCUGAUCUCGGACCGGACAUGCUGCUGCUGCUGUUGCUCCUCAUCGUCGGCGCCGGCAUCUCAGGAUUCCCGGGCCGCGCUAUCGCCAAGGGCGAGGACGGCAGCGCCCGCUGCUUGCGCUGGGCCAGGGACUUCGCUCGCAACUGGCACGCCGAAACCUCGCCCUCUGAACCCGACCUGAGCGGCACCUGGGUCUCGCAACGGUGCGAAGUGCGGUCGGGGCCAGAGUUCAUACUACGGAAGUACCACUUCUUCGAUGACUCGAAGUUCCAUAUGGUACAGUUCUUCUACCUGGACAGCUCGUGCACGGUUCCGGCGUAUGCGCUAGACGGCUGGGGGAGGCUCGACCUGUCCAGCCUGUCCUGGGUGGUUCCCGGGGCUACCGAGGCCGAGGCAUCACUGUCCCACCUCAACGUGAUAGCCUACACUGCCGAUGUGGCCGAACGGCUCAGUAGGGCAGUCAACAGGUCGUGCCCUGGAGAAAUCAAGCGGCCCUGGGAGACAUACCUAAAGUAUCGCCUUGUCAGCUUCGUGGAAGGUCGAAUUGCAGACAAGCCGCUCGUCGAAGACUUCGUUUGCACAGGGGGCCUGCAGUUUACCCUCAACGAGCUACAACUGAUCCGGAUUGUGCACCAAGGUCCUCUACCGAACCGGCGCCAAUCCGAUGCACCCGCAGCCGAGCUGUACCUGGGCGACAUCCACAGCGACGUGCGCAAACGGCUCUCGUACCGGCCCACCUCGUACCAGCCACCGCUGCUCGAAGCAAGUGCGGCCGGCUGCCACGUGUGUCACCUGGUGGCCAAGGGGGCGGAGCUGUCGCCGCCGCAGCUGCCGCCCAAGCCCAAGUUACCGGUUCACCUGAACGGCGAGUGGCUCAGCCUACGCUGCGAAGUGCAGCCGCUGGGACUGUUUCUGGCGCGUCGGCUACUGUUCCAACCAGGGAACGGUUCGUGGAGCGGCUGGUUUCAAUACUACCGAGACCCCAACUGCAAGCAGCGCUGGUUCCUGCUCAGCCGCCAGGGCACCUACGAGAUCGCGGGGCCUUCGCAGCGUCUCCGCGGCGCCACCAACGUGAACCUGCACACGCUGUCGGCUCAGAUCACACCUCAGCACCGCGGCAUCGUCACCAACCUCAAUUCGGCGGCGGACGAAGGCCGCUGCGGUUCCCACUGGUCCCUGCGCCGGACCCAAGAUGUAACGGUCACGGGCGGCUGCCGCCUGCUCGGCGUAUCGGUGCCCAGCACGGCCUACGAGGUGGUGCACAACGAGAUCGACGUGUACGGCAACGCGCUGCUCUUUCUGGGCCACGCCGACACGGAGGGCGAGGUCUCGAGGCCCGACCGGCGCGCCACGGCCUACGAGACUCCGCUCGUUCAGUGCCGCGCACUCCCGGAGCCCAGCAACGAGCUGGCCGGCCGGCCACUGGCGCUCAUCUCCGGAGGGGCCGCCUUCAAGCCGCCGCUGCUGCUCCUCGCGAUGAUCUUGCAGAUGAGCGCGGUGGCGGCGGCCUUACAAGACUGACCAACGGGCGGCCACGCGACCGGAGGGGCAACGGACGUUUCUCGGGCACGCGCGCGGCCGGUCCGCCGGCCCGAGUGGUGGCGAGGGAGCCCCCUGAACGAGGCCGUGGUUGGUGAAAGGACCGGAGGUGCAGACGGGUCGAAGGCUUUAUCCUCGCAUUGAGCACUGAGCCAGUACAAUGUUUGGAAUCGUAGAGCGACUCUCGGCCCCACGACGAGUGCUCGCACCUCCGUGUUCCCGCCUGUUUCCAUCGUGUCCCGUCGAUGACUAAAAU